CUAUCGCUGGCUAUUAAGCACACAGACUCACCUAUCAGUACCUACCGGCUACAGCACAAGUCCCUACAAGACAAAGGCUUUUGGAAGAAAGACGAAUUGCUCGGUCAUCCAAUCUCAACCCCACACUUUCCACCGUCUAUCUCCAAGAAAGUCCCGCCGCCGCCUCAGACACAAUGGCCGCCAUCACAUCUCUACACACACCACCAAUGUCUCCUCACAGCUCUACCGCUUCGUCGCCAGCAAAGCGCAGACACUCAUCGCUCUCCCUCGACCUGAGCAACCUGCCGCAACUAUCCGAACCCACUCCUCCUUCCAACACCUUGAUCAUCACCAACCUCAACGACGUCGCCAUCUUCUCCGCCACAAACCUCGCAAGCAUAAAGCAAGCACUCGACAGCCAUGCCACAACCUACUCCUUUUCACCGCUGAAAUCCUUCCGUCGCAUUAUCGCAUCUUUCUACUCGGUCGAAGCCGCCAUCGACAUUCGCAGUAAACUCGACGGCGAGAAUGUGCUCGGUCAACGCAUCCGUGUCUACUUCGGCACAGAGACAAAGAUUGCUUCGGCAGAGGACCAACACCUGAAGGCUCCCUCUACCGGAAAGCUGUUCUUCAUCUCUCCUCCUCCUUCGCCACCUCACGGCUGGGAGUCCCGCCAUGAGGACCCUCCUAACAAGGAGGUUCACGCUGAGGACUUGGCCGAUGCUUUGCACAGAUUGUCUUCUGUACCUGAGGAUGAACAAGUACAUGCCCAGCAUGUCGAACAGAUUGAGGAAAAGACCGCACCUGUCUCCGCAGCCGUCACAAGAAGCAGAGCCGACUCAAUAACCAUCGUCUACUCUCCUAUCGAGCAAGGCCACUCGCCUCACUUGCCCGCUAUCUCUGUCGAGGAUACUAGCUGCGAGGCAUCACCCACGGAAGAGAACUUUGGCGAAGAUGCUCAGAAGCCAAUCACACACACCGCCCGUCCCCCUGUUGAGCUCAUGGAAGAGUAAGCCGCUUCACACAUACAUUAUUAUAUUCUGUUCAAGGCGUUUCAGUUGGGCUAGGUCAGCGGUUCAUUAUGGUAAAUCGGGGGGCAAGGGUACAAGCAUUGGGUCAGGCGUAUUCGAAACAGCGACAAAUUUGUUCAUCUCAUCAUCAGUAUUCAGAAAGCAACAAUCAGCAAUGAAAAAAAUCAUAAACUUAUCAAUCAC